UCUUACAACUUCCUGUAUCUUAAUCUUCCUUUCACCUCUCACGAAUAUAAGAAUGUUACCACCGCCUGCAUUGCGUGUGACAGAAUUAAUGUCAAAGGAAAAUUUGCCAAGAGUAUCUGCCAGAAGGAUUUCUUGUUUACCUACAAGUGGUACUUUGAGGAGAACCACAAACAAAGCCACUAAUCCCGGGGUUCCCGCUUUGACAACUAAAUUGACAGGGAUGGGGGGUCUACCGAAUUCGAGGAAAGGUACUUCGAAUCAGCACAUUAAAUUGCCUACCGGGCUAAACCGAUCUGUUGCGCCGAGUCGAAAUAAUCCUAUCACAAAAGUUGGAAUGACACCGUCGCGUAUUAAAUUGGCAGGAAACAAAACAAAUAAAGCUCCCCAAGAAACUAAGUUAAAACAACCCAUCAGACUCUUUUCCAAUUUACAAUCUAUGAACACACCAAGUGCAAGACGUACCACUCGUGUUAAUGCUACCAAUCUCAAUCGUCCCUUGCGUUCGACGGAAACUCCUAAGCCCGCCAUGCGAAGAACAACAAUUAAUGUUCCCAAGCUACCAACCGCUGCUCCUUCACGUAAAAUGACAAAUGCAGAUCCUUUGCGUAAACCCGUCAAU